CUCCGAGUUAAUAAAAAAAAAGUUACUUUUACUGUAUGAUUUUCAACUUUAUGUCAAUGUACCAAGUCAUUGUUGGAGCAACAAGAACAUCUUAUUGGUAAUUCCAUGCUUGUCACAAAGUUUAAUUUGUUUAAAUUGCCUUAGAAAAAAAUUAUGACAGCUAUGUUGCAGUCGGUUUUAAGGAUUACUCGGUUCAAUACUCAACAGUCAAUUCGUCAAAAAUACUUUGAUGUCAAAUGGAGAGAAAACAGAAAUUUGCCUCGGAAUCCCAAUUCCUUUGGUCCAUUGACAAAUCUACCAGAUUACUCGUUUACGGAUGGAAGGCCAGUUCCUUACGGUACUAAUCAAAAGCGUCGAAUUGACAAGCAACGAGAACAUUUAAUAAAAAUAAAAAAGUUAGUUGGCGAAGUUGACCGUGCUGUUGAGAGGCACAAGUGUUUGCAAGAAAAAAUUCAACAAGAAAAACAACAAAUCAUUGAUGGUAAAUUGAAAGAGAAAGGAAAAAAAAUUUUAGCAGCUGGCACUGAAGUUGACGUUCAAGUCAAUAAAUCAUAAUUUAAAGACAUGAAGUUUUGGGUACUACUUUAUCACAAGCUUUCUAUACACCAAAUUUGUUUGAAAUCCAUGUAUAUAUGUAUUUUCUUAAUUAAAUCGUAAAUAGUUAUCUCAAUGUGUAGUAUA